UGUUGUGUUCCUACAGAAAGUUAGACAUCUCCUGGUGUCUCCUGGGGUGAUCCGAGAGCGGCCACCUCUUGCAAAGGAUGAACGUCGCCACGCAGGAACUGGAACGAUGCACCGCUUUUUACCAAAGCCUGGAAGGGACAGAUCAGCUGCAGGAAACCAGCCGUCAAAUUCUGCUUUUGCUCCAGAGCCUCCAGCAGUUUGCAAAAGGCUCUGUGAAGCGAUGCAAAGAGAAGAGCUUGGAGGAAGCUUCUCAGCUAAUGGCAAGACUGAGCCGAGGAUUAUGGGAAUUGGAUCGGGAGAACAGGUUACCGUUGGUGCGUUGCGUGCUCAGGUGUCAAAUGGAGACCACAACCAGCUCCAGCUUGUUCUGCCGACUUGAAAAGAUUGUUGGGAAGCUAUCAGAGUGGGACAAAAACUUGGUCUCUGAAGAGUUGACCAGGCUGAUGGAUGGGCUGAUUGAAGAUGAAAAGCCAGCGUCUUCGGAAGUUCUCCAGACAGUCAGCCUCUUUCUUGAAGAAAGUUCCCUGGGACACCAGUACUGGAAAAAGAAUUUGAGGAAGCUCUUGAGAAGCAUUGCUGCUACGUUUGAUUUCCUUCUCCAAGAUUCAAACGCCGGUCAGGUGGAGUGGCAUUACGUCACAACAAAGGUUUGCCUGCAUCUCUUCAAAGGAUUGUCGGAGGAAAUCCAGCCCCUUGUCUGGGCUGAAACAGAUCACAGAGAAAUUCUACAAAAGAUCUUGAGAUCCCUGGUGCAUACCAUCAUGGAUCAGACCUCCUGCAAAGACAAUUGUCUCCUGGCUGGAACGACGCUGAGCAUGAUGGUGAACACAGCCCCGGAAUUUAAAGCAGGAGCCAAAGCAAUCUGGGGGUUUUACCUGCUCAUGAAUUGCAAUGGCCGAAGAACUGAGGGACGCAAAGAGGGGUGCCAAUUUGGGGCCCUUUGGAUCCCCACUUCCAUCCUGAGGCCAGGUGGUCUGGAGAAGCUGGUCUUGACCCGGGGCUUAUUAACGUGUUGCAAGAAAGAGAUCUUGAGCUGUCUCCUGGAGGGCGCCCCACCAAAGCCGUGCUUGUUGCUGGAUGUCCUCUUUCCAGCUAUUUUAGAGGUGAUGGAGGAUCCCACCAGCUGCCCUUAUUACUCCUUUCAAGUUUUUUCUCUGUGGCUCCAACGUGUCCGAGAAUGUUUGGACAACCUCUGGAAAGUCAAGGAGAGCGUGUUGCUGGGUGACAAUUCAGCCCUUCUCCAAAAGCUAAACAAGAUUGUUUGGAACAAUGCAGAAAGUCCAACAGAAGGAGUGAGCGAUUUUGUCCACAGCGCCUUUCGCAUUCUCUUAGAGAUCUACAGCCUGGAAGGUGAUCGUUUUGGGGAUCCAGAGAGACCCCUGUUUAGAGAGUACUUGCAAAGGGUUAUUUUCAUGCCUUGGGAAGCAAGAGCAAAGUAUUUCGCACUCACUGCCGUUCUUCCCUACUUGGGCCCUCAACAAGUUCUGGACAUCUACAUGGAUCUCCCUCAAGAUCUCUUCAACUGCUUGUCCACCAACCGUUUGUGCCCAGUCGCUUCGGAUUUGUACAAAACUUUCCUACAGCGGCAGCGCAAAGCCUGGAUGGAGUUGCAGGAUGAGGUCUCAGAAGAACAGCUGGCUCACAAGUGGGCCAGUUGUUGGUUACCGACCCUCUCCAGGGCCUUGACCUCUUCUGACUCAUUCCUUCAGAGCAACGCCUCCAGCCACCUUCUCGGGUGGACUUUGAAAGUCUUUCCUGCUUCUUACGCCUUGCUGGCCUCAAGAUUUGCCGGCAGGGAAGCCUCUCAGCUCCGAGCAUGGGUCUCCUUGUUGAACGUUCAGAAGACCAUUGCGGGAGACUUGCUCACAGAUGAGGAGACUCUUCAGAGACUCACCUGCUGCCUCUUCUCCAAAGAAGAACACGUCCGUCUGGCAGCGUUGGGCUUCCUCUGCUUAGCUCCCAGGACUAGUCAAGGCUUAUCACAGAGGGAGAUCCAACUCUUAAAAGAAUUCCUGCCCCUGAAUUUGAGUUGCAACUCCUCGUCUUUUCGGCAACUCCUUCAAGCCAUGGUGAAGAAGGCUUUGGUCAGGAUGAGGGACAGUUCUCUUGCUGGGCUUCGGCCACCGAAGGUGAACCAGAAGGAAAGCUCGGUCAGAAAGGAACGAGAAAGGGGCAUCCUACAAGCUGUAGGUUUUGUAGAUUGGCUGCUGCAGCUCUGCACAACAUCUCUGAUGUCAGGUUCCAACUACCAAAGAAGGAAGACAGGUCUUCUUCUCCUGGCAGCUAUCAUGGAGACCUUCACAGACACUUGGAGACCCGAGAGAAAGAAGGGUCAGCCUCCACGCAACAUGGCUACCUUAUUAUGCUGGUCCAGGAGUAAAGGCUACUGGGACUUUUUUUCGACAGGGAACACAUUGGCACUGUUGAGCUGUUUGCAAGAUAGCACAAAUGAGAUCCGUGAGUUGGCUUCAGAGUUGGUGAUCUCUUACUUUCCACCAGCUUUGCCAGGCUCCACUGCUGUAGCUCUCUUUGGAUGGGCCCUAGAAGCCGUAAGCAGCAGUCCCCGGGUUCAAGAGAGUGAAGCAGGAGCAGUCGUGAUGAAGAGUCUUCUUCCCAAGUUGGAUAGUCAUAUCUUGAGGCUGUCAUCACUGGAAACGGAGAAGGAGCGAUCUGUGCCGUGCAAAUACCUCUCUUUUCUUGAACAUUUGCUCAACCUGCUCCAGAAGCAUUUUGUCACGGCGUCUCGUGACUUAUUGCUGGCAGCUCACACUACCCCAAUACAUGGGGUGAUUUUGGGGUUACGGAGAUGCCUGCUCGAAAUACCGGACGUUGUGUCUUCUAUGUUAGAAGGGCAAAAGGCGCCACACUGGCGGUUAUUCUUCCAGCGUUUGAUGAUGACGAUGAGAGACAUCAGCAAUUUACUCUUGAGCGUGUUGCAGAGUAAUCAAAUGCCAAGCACAGAUCAACACGUUGCAUCACCCUCCUUUGCAGACAUGGGAAAUGCCAUCAGCAGCUUUAUCCAGCUAGGAAAAGGCUUGGAGGAGGAGAGGGAGGAGGAUUUGAUUCUCCUCUCCGAGGACCACAGCCUCAUUUUGACCUGUUGUUGGGUCUCAGUUAAAGAAAUUGGGCUGCUCUUGGGAGGCCUGGCAGAGAAAGUACUACCUCAGCCCCUCUCGGCAGGAUGUGAGCCUCUCCUACCUCUUCAGAUUGUAAACGUGGCUUCCAAAGUAUUCCAAGACAUUUUGCUGAAGUGCCGGCACUGGGGAGCUGUGGAAGGCUGCAGUGUGGGCUUCACAAAGUUUUGUACCACUCUCCUAAGUCACCCCAGCCCAGAGCUACAAAACAUCCCAGGGAAUAUGCUAAGACAGGGUUUGGCCUUGUUAAGCAGCCGCAGAGGAAGCUCCAUUACUCGCAGAGCGGCUGGAUUCCCGAUGCUUUUCCUAGGCAUUGUGACAGGGGAAGAUCCCGCCAAGUCACGGCCUCUUCUGACUCACUGCAUGCAGACCUUGCUCACCUUGGCCAACCAAUCCGUUUCCCACAGUUCAGACCAGACCGUGGAUUUGCCCCAGGUUUCUGCAAUCCACGUGCUUCAGACAUUGGUCCGUGGUUCCAACCUUGGACCAGCUCUACAACAACACAUCACACCUCUGAUGAUGGUGGUGUUCAAGGCUCUAAACUCCCCUAGUUGGGCGAUGAGAAACGCAGCCAACCAACUGUUGGGUGCCUUGACCGUUCGCCUUCUCGGACAGAAAUGGAGUCCGGAUGAUAGCCAUGCCAAGGAUGGAGUAAGCCCUGAAGCUCUUUUUGGCCGACAUGUUCAUUUGAGAAGCAUCCUACUCAGAGAAUUGACCCUGGCUGUGGAAAGGUCCAUAUCCGAAGGACCAAGAAGAGGGAAAUUCCACCUCUGUCCUUCCCUGUAUGCUGUCCUUACUUUUCUGGCCAAGUUGCAGCCCAGCAGAGACACCCAGGACAGCACUCUGACCUGCUUCCUGGAGCCCCUGAUCCAGCUGUCAGGAAACCCCAUUUAUGCUGUUCGGGUGAUGGCAGCUAAGGCUUUGGUGCCUUUCAUUCCGGUGACGGACUACGGAAAGAUCCUUUUACGGUUGGCGUCCAGAUUCCCGCAGCCGGAGGCCGGUCUGUCCCAUAAUGCACUGCACGGGUGUCUGCUGCAAAUCCAGGCUGUGUUGAAUCAAGCUUUGAGCGCGAAUCGGCUGCACCCUGAGUUGCUGCGGUCCAUUGCCUGUAUGAUGGAAAGCCACAUCUGGAUGCUGACGGAUACACAACAGUGUCCGUUAAUCCGUGCCAUUUAUCUUCAAGUUUUGUGCUUGCUGCUGGGAAGCUGUGCUCCAAGUUUUGUGCAGCAAGUCUGGGAGCUGUUGUACAGGAACCUGGCCAGUCCUAAACCUGGUUUCUCUCCUGUCCAGCCUGGUUCUUCCAUCUUCUGCCAAUGGGCCAUCAACUUCCUCUGCUAUGAAGCCACAAGGCAGGAAUCUCCUGAAAGAAUCGGUGAUCUUAGCCAGCUUCUGCAAAAGGGAAAUCCUGACGUGCAAGCCGCUGUUCUAACUUGGUUGUGGGACAACGAAGAAAGGAAAGGUCUGAAGUCAAACAAGGAACUGCAGUUGAUAUUCGUGGAAAAAUUCAAGGAGGUCCUCAGAAACACAGGAGAGCCCACAGUCCUGAAGCUGUACCUGCAAGUUUUUGUUGACCUGUUUGGCGACCUUGCUCAAAGACAGCCUUUUCCAGAGAAAUUAGCUUCGGAGUGUGGUGAAAUCCUGUUCUUUAUGGUAGAGAGUGACCACGAAGGUCCAGGACUCCGUGAUCAUGCGCUCUGUGCAGCCACAUUGUUCCUGAGUCAACACCCCGAAAGUGAUCCUUUAUGGGAACGAUGGAUUGCAACGAUAGAGCAGUGGAGCGAUUCCCUAUCAGACGAGGUGCUCAGGAUGGCUACAGCCAAAGCCAUCAAAGUGGGCGGCCCAGCACGGAUUUGGAGAGUCCGGAAAUCGUCCAAGUUACUCCUUCGUUCCCAGGUCCUACGGCUGAUCGAGGCAGCAAUUCAUCUCCUCCAAGACGAAGAGCAAAAGGUGCGUCACGAAGCUGCUUCCUUCGUCAGCCGUUUGGUGCAGACCCCGCCGCCCAUCCAGCAGGUUCAACCUCACAACAGUUGCUUCCAGCUCCAGAGCUCCAAGGCUCUGUUCAGCCUGCUACAGUUCCUGCUCGAAAACUUUGGAGACCAUCCUUCUACUUUUGCAUCUCUGGUGCACCAUCUCCCCAUGGUAGAACUCAAUGAAACCUUGAUGGAGCUGGAAAGCCAGGGAGUGAUCAACCUCUACAAAGAGGACGAACCCAACGUUUACACCGAGCCAGCAGUCUUCUCUCAGACGUUAUUACCCUUUCUACUCCAACUGGUUGACAAGGCAUCCACCUCUCAAAAACUUUGGGAGUCAAUACAACUCUGGCUAGAAACCACUGGAGCUGGAAUCAUCUCCGCCAUACAAUUCUGUAGACAGUGGUGGAGUCAAGAGGACAUCCCUUGCCUGCAUCUGAAAGCCCUGUCCUGUCCUAAGGUACAUUCUGCUAUCACAGCACUGCUGGUUAAAGGUAUUCUUGUGGCCCACGUCUUAAAGAACUUGGAAACUGGGAGGCAACCCAGUCACAUCCCAGGAAUUAGCAUCUCUUCCCAGGAGCUGAGUUGCACCAUCCAGUCCUUACAGGACCUGCUCCAUCAGCGUGGAAUAGCUAUUAUGCUUAAGAUGGAACAACAGCAAGCAGGACCACAGGACACUAGUUACGCCUAAAGGACUUUUAAUAAAACUUUUUUUUUUUUAAAAAAAGAAAGUCAUGGGUACAUCCCCAAAUUAAUCCAUUCCUUAUAGGAAUAGCAGAACAACAAGAGUUGAAAGGGACCUUGGAGGUCUUCUAGUCCAACCCCCUGCUCAGGCAGGAGAACUACCAUGUGAUAGUCCUCAUUUUAUAACAUUUAAUAACCGUUCAAAAUUAAGACAGCCCUGGAAUAGUGACUUGCGACCGGUCCUUGCAGUUAUGACCGUGUCUCUGCGGUCAUAGGAUUAAAAUUUGGAGUCGGAGAAUAACAAGAGAGUAACUCUUGUUAUUCUAUUCUAGUCCAUCUAGUUCAAUUCCCCCCCCCCAAGUAGGAGACCCUUCAUCAUUUAACGACAGAUGCAGCAUAUUGGGGUCUCGUGACUGCCAUCUGCAACCUUCCCAGGGGGCUGCAAGAGGUUAAUGGGGGGGGGGGGAUUUGAUUAAUGACUGCAGCAAAGGUCUCAAAAUCAGGAAUGACUCACUCCUGGGAGGGGGGGGGAGAGUUUUUGGAGAGAAACUAUACUGUCAACUAAAUAAACAGCAAAAAAAUUAGGCUUGCCCACUGGAACAAAUAAACAGCACUUUAGUCCUGCUGUGGAGUCUACAUCGCCUUGAUUAGUUUUCCAUUUGCUCUCAACCUGUGUUCUCUUGCUGAGCUGAAUGAUUUGAAGGAGAUAAUAGCUUUAUUUCGAAACUGGCUUUUGUUACUGCUGACAGAGGUGGCUAGGAUUUUUUUGUUUUGUUUUUUAAAGGGAGGCAUAUAAAAUGAAAUAAAAAAAUCAUGGAACCUAACCCUCCAUACUAUGCAUUCAUGAGGUAGCCAUCUAGCCUUUCCCCCCCAAAAUAUCCAGACACGGAAGACCGUCAACCUCCAGAGGUAAUCCACCGCUGUGGAUGAUCACCAGGAAGGCCUUCCUUCCACAAAAAUCUAAGCUACAUUGGUUGAUUCUAGGUGCCAUCAAGUUGUUGCUGAUUUAGUGAUCGCAUAGAUUUUCUCCACAUCCCUAGUCUGGUCCUUCAGCUCUUCCAACGGUGCAUCGACCAACUUUGUAUUGUAGCUGAGUCCAUCUUAUUAUUGGCCAUCCUCCUCUUCUCAAAAAACAAUGGAUGGAAACUAAUCAAAGAGACACCUAGCCUAGAAUUGAGGAGGAAUUUCUAGACAGCGAGAACAAUUAACCAGUGGAACAGCUUGCCUCCAGAACUUGUGGGCGCUCCAUCACUGGAGGUUUUUCAAAAAGGAGAUUGGACAACCACUGGUCUGAAAUGAUCAAAAGUUCAAAAAUUGGCGUGGUUUAAAUGAAGCCAAGAGACAAGUGACUUAAUAAGCAGGCAACGUUGGUUUUAUUGUCAGCAUCCAGGCCGGAGAGCUGAGGAAUUCCAAAACCAGACUAGUCUUUGGCUGCCAGGGCACACACAGCGAGACAUUGAAAACAUUUAAUUUAAAUCCUCCAUCUAAGGAAACACCGGAUCCUGUAAAAACGCAAGCAACAAUCCCCUACCCUGGCCACCUCUGCAUUAAUUUUAUCCUACAGAUCAGGGGUUUCCAACCGUGGCCAUUUUAAGACAACCUGUGGACGUCAACUCCCAGCAUGGCUAACUGAGAAAUUCUGGGAGAUGAAGUCCACAGGUCUUAAAUUUGUUAAGGUUGGAUCCCCCCGAUAUAGACAGUGUACGAAGGAAUUUCGAGAAUUAACAGCUCACAGGAAGAGAAGUUCAUUUACACGGACAUUCAGGAAAGGAGAAAGGAAGAGUAGUUAUCGUCUCCAUCUGGACCACAAAUACGAGUUCUCCCUUAGUGCUACCUCCAAGUGUCUGCACCAAAAUUCUUCUGGACCAACCAGCAGCAGCAGCACCCAACCGGGUGUGCCUUGACUUUGUCCAUCCUCUAAUCCCCACCACAAAGCACAGGUUGUAUUUAGCCAACCUGCAGCAGGCAGGUGAUAAUUUGGGGAAGCAGGUGAGUGGACAGGGCAGGAGAAGACCGUCCCCGAGAAGGAAAGAGACACAAGAUGCAAAAAAACUUUGGCACUGAUUAGUGGAAAUGUCCCGACUUGGCACCAAGGCAGAAGAGACAACGGGGCUGCCUUCCCCUUCUUAAUACAGUACAAGAAUCGGUCAACCAGUGUGGCCUUCACCAGAUCCUUGUUCAAAGAAGUUUGGUUCUCAAACUAAGGUAGUGUCUAAGGAGGAGAACAAAAACCCUUUGAAAAGGAUGACUGGGGAGGUCUUCUCUCCACCAGAUGUCCCAAGGAGCAUGGUCUGAAAGAAGAAUCGUGUCAAUGGCUCCCUUUCGCCCAGAACAAUGAAGAACGCAGAUCCAUCAAGUCUACGGAAUGAGUCAAUGGGCACAGUAAGGCAGAUUCUGUCCGGCCAGCGUGAAGGGAACGUUCCUGUAGGUUCCAGAUAGAGACCAAGGGGAAAAGAAGUCCCCAAUAUAUAUAUUAAAAAAAAAAAA